UCUGAAAUGAGUUUAAUGUAUCUUUGUUCGUUUAUAUUUUUUUUAAUAACAGGCUUCAAAUGUUUAAUGUUUGAGAUCGAUCCAUCAAUCAAUAAUUGAGCGCGUCUACAAUUAUGAGGGCUUUAAAUUCAUGAACUUGUUGCAUAAUUGAUUGGCUCCUCCCACUGCACAGGUUGUGGUUUGUGUUUGUUUUUAGCUGAUCAGAGUCGGAGCUGCAAACCUUCCAGGAGUUUCAUCUGCUGUUCUGCCACCAUGGAGGACAUCUACCAGCAUCCCGUUUUCCUGGAAAGUUCCAGACCUCUAGAAGAAGUCAGGAAGACUAAGACAGUCCAGCGCUAUUUCUGCGUGAGGCGCAGAUCUGGCGGAGGAGACUGCGGACCUCUGACCGCCGUGAGCCAAAACAUCUACAGGAUCAACUUCAGACACAGACAAGACCAGCAGGAAGUCCUGAGAAGAUCCCUGCAUGUUGUGGAACUGGAAGAUGGACCUGUUGAAAUCAGAGUCAGAAGCAGCUUGGAGCCUCCCGCCUCCUCCAGCUGCACUACCCCAUCGUCUCCAGCAGAGAACUCCGACGUUGUUCCUGAUGAAGAUCAACAGCCUCGGUCACUGAAGGAAAACCAGUUUUCUGAGCCAGAGCUGGUCUCUGCGCGCUGCGCUUCACCUGAGACUUUAGCUGAUUCUUCUGGUGAAGGUAGUCAUGAGUGGGCCAAAGACUCUGAAGGGUCAGUGACCAGCUUUGAGGAAAGUCCAGACACAAAGGAGGCAGACCGGAGCACAGAGGAGUGUGGGGACUUCAGCCCAGCAAGUCCUCCAGCACAUGAAGACACAUUUGCUUCGAGUUUGAGUGAAGCAAGCAGGAUCCGACUCUGUGACACUGACACUGAGAAAAACACGGAUGCUGCUGGGGGGCGUGUCCAUGUUCAGAUAGUCCAGGGGAACAUCGAGAUGCAGAAGACAGAUGCUGUGGUGUCUCCCAUGGUCGGCCAUCAUCCUGUGUCUACUCGUCUUGGAAACAUCCUAGAAAACAUAGUUGGCUCUCGUCUGACUACAGCCUUCAGAGAAGUAGCAGCAGAUGAAGGGAUGCCAGGGGACUCUGUGCUGGUAGAGGGACUGCCUGGACUUCCUUCUAAAGCUGUGUUCUUCACCCAUCUUAUUCCAUGGGAUGAAGAUGAAGAUGGACCUGCAGUUCAGGUUCUCAGGUUGGGGAUCAACAACAUCCUAACUUCCUGUGACGACAGAGGCUUCACAUCCGUGGCUUUUCCUGCUCUUGGAGAUGGGAUUCUCCUGGGUUUUCCCAUCAAUUUGGUAGCAAGAGUUUUACUGGAGCAGCUUUAUGAAUUUGAACGUGAGCGAGCCAGCAGCACAGACCUCCAAGUUCAUAUUGUUCUUUUGCCUGAAAACAAGGAAGCUACAGAGGCCUUCACAUCUGUGCAGGAAGAUCUCAAAUUCAAAGGAUCAAGGAGGAUCGUCCUGGUGGGAAAAACGGGAUCAGGAAAAAGCCACUUGGCCAACACCAUAUUUGGAGAGGAGCUCUUCACUGCAUAUAAUUCUGCCAACUCUGGAACAGUUUCAUGUCAAGCUGAGACCAAAUUCAUCUACGGAGCAGACACCACUUUGGUGGACACCCCUGGUUUCUUUGACACAAAGCGAUCAGAGGAUGAAUUGAGGCCGGAGAUCAUCCGGUGUCUCGCAGAGUGCUCUCCUGGGCCCCAUGCUUUUCUCAUUGUGUUUAAAGUGGGCAAAUUCACUAAGCAGGAGCAGGAAGUUGUUGAUAAAAUCUGCCAUCUUUUUUCCAAUGAUCCAUUGCAGCAUGCUGUGAUUGUUUUCACUCACGGUGACCAACUGCCUCCAGAGAUGAAAAUUGAAGAGUUUGUUGCGAAGCACAAGAAUCUGAGCGAUCUGGUACAGAAGUGUGGGGGUCGCUGUCUAGUUUUUGACAACAAACACUGGAACAACACACCGCCUGAUCAAUACAGGAGCAACCAGUUCCAGCUAAGGGCCCUACUCAAAACCAUAGACAAGAUGAUGGCAGAAAAAAAAGGAGGCUACUACACCGAUGAAGUUUUACAGGAAGUAGAGAAAGAAAUUCAGCAACAGGAAGAAGAAUCAGCAACAAGCAACCCUGGUCCUGGGAGAUUUUCUUGGAUCUCCUCUUGGUUUCAAAGAAAUCGUUAAGUUUGUGUUUGUGUGUCUGUCAUGAAGGCAAUAUUUCAGGUUCAGGACUAACAACAGCUCAGCAAAAUUGUUGAGUCUGCGAGCAGGAUUGUUGGUGCAUCUCUCCCGUUCAUGGGGGAGUUAUGGGCAGCCCUGCCUACGGAAAGCAGCGUCCAUCAUUAGGGACCCCCAGCACCCCUCUCAUGGACUGUUCUCCCUCAUGCCAUCUGGGAAGAGGUUCAGGAGGAUCAGCUGCAGAUCAAGCAGGAUGUUAAUCAGCUUCUUUCCACAAGCUGUGAGACAGAAGUUACCACCAUCAUUAAUAAUGAAUGAGGAGUGAAUGAAUAAUGGCGACGCCUUGGAAGCCAAGUGUCUGGAAAAGCGCAGAUAAAUCAAAUCUAUUAUUAUUAUUAUUAUUAUAAAGCAUAAAAAUUAUUGGGUUUAUUUGUAGAGAACAAUUUCAGAGAAGAAUUUUACCCCAAAAAAUGGUUUUUCAUAACAAUGUGAGUUUGAGCUGCUUACUAAAGGUGCUAAAAAUCAUGGAGCUCUGAAUGAGAAAAUGAUUUAUACAUUUUUCAAGGUUAUUAAUGGCAUUAUUGCCACUUUUGUAAAGUAAAGAACAGAUUUAUUAUACAACUUCAAAAACUGAUAAUAGCAAACAUCUGUUAUUUGUUUGAAAAAUGUCUCCAUAAGGUUUAAGUCUCAGUAGCUGCGUUUACAUGGACAAAAGUACAGUGAUUCCUCGCUAUAACGCGGUUUACUUUCACAGUUUCGCUACUUCACGGAUUUGCAUCUU